GAGAGAGGGGCCUUUUUGAUGAGUUGUUUGUUAAGAUUUUGCCAUUUUACAGUGAGCAAAGAAGAGGGGUAAAGAGAAGAAAGAACACACACACAAACAUGUUUGAUGGAGUCCCAGACCAGUUCCACCAAUUCAUUGCCUCAAGAACAUCACUGCCUAUUCCAUUCUCCUUCCCUCUUCAUGAGGCUCCACCACCCUUCCCAAGCUUUGAUCCAUACCCUUCCCAUCAAAGACUUCAAGUUCAACACCCCCACCUUCUUCACCAAUUGGACCACCAAUCACCCCCCAACAAAGAUGCCGAUAAGGAAGAAAGUGCCUCACUUCCAACAAAUUUACAGCUCGAAAGAGAGAGAUCAAUGCCGGAACCGAUCGAUCCGUGGUCGAACGAUGAAGUUCUUGCACUGUUGAGGAUCAGAUCUAGUAUGGAGAAUUGGUUUCCACAAUUCACUUGGGAACAUGUUUCAAGGAAACUUGCAGAGAUGGGAUUUAAGAGGAGUGCUGAGAACUGCAAGGAGAAAUAUGAAGAAGAAAGCAGGCAAUUUAACAACAUUACCUACAAGAACUAUAGGAUCUUCAGUGACCUUGAAGACCUCUAUCAUGGUGAAAGCCCUCAGCCUCAGAUUUCAGCAGCAAAGAACCAAAAUAUGGAAAACCCAAAUGAGGAACAAGAGAAGGUGCCUCAGGGUUUGGAAGAAAAUUCAAGAAAUGAAGCAGUACUAGUAAACCCAUCUCAGGAAAAUGAGAAAAUGGUGGAAAAAUCAAGCAAAUGUAGGAAGAGAAAAAGAAAACAGAAGAUUGAGCUGUUUAAGUGUUUUUGUUUGAAUGUUGUAAACAAGAUGAUAGCUCAACAAGAAGAGUUGCAUAAUAAGCUUCUUGAAGACAUGGUGAAGAGAGACGAAGAAAAGAUUGCAAGAGAAGAAGCUUGGAAGAAGCAAGAAAUGGAUAGGAUUAACAAGGAGAUUGAAGAUAGGGCACAUGAACAAUCCAUUGCAGGUGAUAGACAGGCCACAAUCAUUGAGUUCUUGAAGAAAUAUACAAGUUCUUCAGAAAGUGAAUCAUCAAGUUACACAACUACCACAAUCAUUGAGUUUGGAAAGAAGAUUGAAGAUCUGCUUAAGGUACCAAACAGUUUGAUUUCUCCAACUUCACCAUCUUUUGUUCUACCUCAAAACCCUAGUUCUACAGGUCAUGAGCUAAGUAGCCAAAACAAACUUGAAGCAGCUGAUUCAAAUGCCAUGGUAGUUGGCCAAAAUAACCGUAGUUCUUCCACUACUCAGAAAAACCCACACACACCCAUUUCAGUAUCUGAAACCCUUGAACCUCAAAACCCUAUUUCUGUUCAUUCUGCUCAUGUUUUCGAAGUACAAACCUCAUCUAUUCUAGUCCCAUCUUCAAAAAACCUUAGUUCCUCCAAUACCCAAAUCAACCCAGUAUCAUCAACUCUAUCUUCAGUAUGUAAAGUCCCUCGAAACCCUAAUUCUGCAUCGAAUGAGCGAGAGGACAUUGGUAAGAGAUGGCCAAGAGAUGAAGUCUCUGCACUGAUAAACCUGAGGUGCAGUCUUACAAGCAAUGUUGAAGAAAGAGAAGGAGCAAAGGGUCCUCUAUGGGAGAGAAUAUCACAAGGUAUGUUGGAGUGGGGCUACAAGAGGAGCGCAAAGAGAUGCAAAGAGAAAUGGGAGAACAUAAACAAGUACUUUAGGAAGACCAAAGAUGAGAACAAGAAGAGGUCCCUUGACUCUAGGACAUGUCCUUAUUUCCAUCAGUUGAGCAGUUUGUACAGUCAAGGAACACUUGUGUUCCCAAGCGAUGGGCCAGAAAACCGCUCGGCUUCACCGGAAAACCACUCAGCAAUAUCGGGAACCCAGCUCAUAACUUCUCAAGGUGGUUCCAGUGAAGCAAAUACGCAAGUAGCUGAAGGUGGGAAUAGCCUAGUUCAAGCACCGGGUUUCAACUUCUGAUUUUAGUUCUGCGUGUGUUGAGUUUUUUGAACUGAGUACCCUUGUUCAUUUGGUAAAAUUGAGUACUAGCACAUCCUAGAUGAUAUUAUAGUUUUUCCAAUGCAUUUUGCUUUGAAGUUAUGUGGUGUCACCGACAGUUUCAGGAGACUUAAUUUGAGCUGUGUCUUCUUGUAUGAUAAGACUGUCGUUUCUGCUGCUAUUUUUGCUACGAGGGAUAAAAUGGUUUCUUUAUUAGCCUC